AAAACAAAAAAACAAAACCCAUCUUCUUCGAGCCAAACUUUUCCCUUUUGAACUCGUCUCUCCCUCUCCUUCUCCCUCUCCCUCUCCCCCUCCCUCUCGCCGGUUCCAGAACAACAAGCUUCACACUCAGGUAGAGCAACAUUGCCAAUUGUCAUGGAAAAAAAAUGGACUUUUCUAGGAGAUAAUUUGAAAUUGUUAUUUGGUUGGAGCUCUUCAAGUUUUCUAAAUGAUUGAUAGCAAGUUGAAUAGUGGUGGAAUGAGCAGCUGCGAAACUAAUUUGUGUGUGUAUCAGAGUAAACAGUCACCUAUUGCACAGAAAAAGGUUGCUUUAAGGGAUGUGCAAAAUGAUAAUAGGAGCAUCAUAUAUAACUAUCCUGAAACUUCCUGUUCUUUGGGCGGAAAACUUAUGAAUGGGAGUAAGCUUUCAGGAAGUAAGAGAUCCAACCCUACAUGCUCACCGAGCUCUGCAAUCCAUCAAUCCUUCAAAGGAAUUGGGGUAAAUGAGCACAACGUUUAUGCCAACGGAGAAGUUGAUGUGAAGCCUGGCAAAAAAAGAGCAUCGGGAGGUAGCACAUCUUGUGCACCUGCAUUUUCUUCUUUUCUUGCAACCUCUCCUAUGGCAUUUUCACCUGUUAGGUCUUCAUUUCCCAUUUUCACAGAAAAGCCUGGUAAUUUUCUGGCUGUCACUGGAUCCAAUCUUCUGGGAAUCCCUCCUGGUUUGGAGAUUCUUCGAUCUGACGAUUCAAAUGGGAUUACUGAUGAGCAGAGAACAGAGCGUCUAUUCAAUCUACAGAAGCUCCUAAAACAUUUUGACAAGUCGGAUCAAAAAGGGGUCAUCGAGAUAGUGCUCCAUGGUUUGCCUCCCUCUGAGCUCAGCAAUUUUGCCAUUAAUCUGGAAAAGAGAUCCAUGCACCUGUCCGUAGAGGAAGGGAAAGAGAUCCAACGGAUGAAGGCUUUGAAUAUUCUGAGCAACCUUCAGUGAAAUCUGAAAGAAGUUUUGUUACACUAAUGAAUAACGAUUUUGGAGACCAGCGAGGGCCAUUUGCCAUUUCCGCCAUAGUUGCACGAGUGGACAAACUAAGUAAGCAAACCAGUAUUCCUUGAGAGCUGGCAAGGUAGUCUUUCUAUGGAGCUUUAGGUUAUGGAGUUUAAUUUGGGCAACAUGAAGUUAGAAAAUGUUGCUCCUAUCAACAUGAAACUCUUCCAGGAGUUUCAUUUGAAUCAGUUGGGAAAAAAACCUAAGAAUCCAAUUAACUUUGAAGUUCGAACAAUUUGGAAGGGCUUUGAAAGUCUUUUUUCUUUUUCUUUUUUUUUUUUUUAAAAAGAAGAAAAUAGUUUAGUUACUUGUUGAGUUGAUUACACUUUGGAAUCUAACAUUCAAAUCUGUUCAAUUACCAUGUAAUUGUUGUCUAGAUCAUUAACUUUCUUUUGGAAGUUUUUAACCGA